AUGGUGUCGUUAAUUGUGACUCCCGAGUUCGACCCCGACGAGGAGACGUCGCCGUGUGCGCCUCCGCCGAGCCCCGAAUGCUUCCUGCGACACGACACGGUCGCAGCAGUCUGCAGCGAGUCGCUCGCGACGCCUCUGGCCGAUCGGAAUUCCUCACUGCCAUGUGCAAACGACGAGAAGCUGAUUGGACUGAUGCUACUGCAGCAAAAGGAAGAAAAGAUGGAAGUCGACCCGCCGGCGGCUGGUUCGCCCAAACGGCGGUCGUGCGUGAAGCGUAAGAAGGACUGUGACUCGCGCGAUGGACGCGACGUCGCUCAGGAUUGGGGCAAGAAGUUGAGGUCGGAUGGUCAUCAUCAGGCUACGCCUGUCGUGCCGUUUUAUUUGUCGACUGACUCGUGGCGGUGA